GCCCCCUCCACUCCGGAACCUCCAUCUUUCUCCCGGACUGUGCCUUCUGGCGUCAUGCUCCUCCUUCCCACCCCCUUACGACACUACUUGUGGGGCUGGCUCGGUAAACUAACAUGGAUUUUUCCAAGCUACCCAAAAUACUCGAUGAAGAUAAAGAAAGCACAUUUGGUUAUGUGCAUGGGGUCUCAGGACCUGUGGUUACAGCCUGUGACAUGGCGGGUGCAGCCAUGUAUGAGCUGGUGAGAGUGGGCCACAGCGAGUUGGUUGGAGAGAUUAUUCGAUUGGAGGGUGACAUGGCUACUAUUCAGGUGUAUGAAGAAACUUCUGGUGUUUCUGUUGGAGAUCCUGUACUUCGCACUGGUAAACCCCUCUCUGUAGAGCUCGGUCCUGGCAUUAUGGGAGCCAUUUUUGAUGGUAUUCAAAGACCUUUGUCGGAUAUCAGCAGUCAGACCCAAAGCAUCUACAUCCCCAGAGGAGUAAACGUGUCUGCUCUUAGCAGAGAUAUCAAAUGGGACUUUACACCUUGCAAAAACCUACGGGUUGGUAGUCAUAUCACUGGCGGAGACAUUUAUGGAAUUGUCAAUGAGAACUCGCUUAUCAAACACAAAAUCAUGUUACCCCCACGAAACAGAGGAACUGUAACUUAUAUUGCUCCACCUGGGAAUUACGAUACCUCUGAUGUUGUCUUGGAGCUUGAAUUUGAAGGUGUAAAGGAAAAGUUCACCAUGGUGCAAGUAUGGCCUGUACGUCAAGUUCGACCUGUCACUGAGAAGCUGCCAGCCAAUCAUCCUCUGUUGACUGGCCAGAGAGUCCUUGAUGCCCUUUUUCCGUGUGUCCAGGGAGGAACUACUGCUAUCCCGGGAGCCUUUGGCUGUGGAAAGACAGUGAUAUCACAGUCUCUAUCCAAAUAUUCUAACAGUGAUGUAAUCAUCUAUGUAGGAUGUGGUGAAAGAGGAAAUGAGAUGUCUGAAGUCCUCCGGGACUUCCCAGAGCUCACAAUGGAGGUUGAUGGUAAGGUAGAGUCAAUUAUGAAGAGGACAGCUUUGGUAGCCAAUACCUCCAAUAUGCCUGUUGCUGCUAGAGAAGCCUCUAUUUAUACUGGAAUCACACUGUCAGAGUACUUCCGUGACAUGGGCUAUCAUGUCAGUAUGAUGGCUGACUCUACCUCUAGAUGGGCUGAGGCCCUUAGAGAGAUCUCUGGUCGUUUAGCUGAAAUGCCUGCAGAUAGUGGAUAUCCAGCCUAUCUUGGUGCCCGGCUGGCCUCUUUUUAUGAACGAGCAGGCAGGGUGAAAUGUCUUGGAAAUCCUGAAAGAGAAGGGAGUGUCAGCAUUGUAGGAGCAGUUUCUCCACCUGGUGGUGAUUUUUCUGAUCCAGUUACAUCUGCUACUCUUGGUAUCGUUCAGGUGUUCUGGGGCUUAGAUAAGAAACUAGCUCAGCGUAAGCAUUUCCCCUCUGUCAAUUGGCUCAUCAGCUACAGCAAGUAUAUGCGUGCCUUGGAUGAAUACUAUGACAAACACUUCACAGAGUUCGUUCCUCUGAGGACCAAAGCUAAGGAAAUUCUGCAGGAAGAAGAAGACCUGGCAGAAAUUGUACAGCUUGUUGGAAAGGCUUCUUUGGCAGAAACAGAUAAAAUCACUCUGGAGGUAGCAAAACUUAUCAAAGAUGAUUUCUUACAACAAAAUGGAUAUACUCCUUAUGACAGGUUCUGCCCAUUCUACAAGACAGUAGGGAUGCUGUCCAACAUGAUUGCAUUUUAUGAUAUGGCUCGUAGAGCUGUUGAAACCACUGCCCAGAGUGACAAUAAAAUCACAUGGUCCAUUAUUCGUGAACACAUGGGAGACAUCCUCUAUAAACUUUCCUCCAUGAAAUUCAAGUGUGAUAAUACCAGAUGUUGA